ACUGACCCCCAAAAAGAGCCGCCUGGGCCUUGUCUGCUCCGUUUCAGGCAAUAAAGAGCGGCUGUGGUUUUGCUCUGGCAGUGAAACGUGGGGGGCCUCAAGGUGAAGGACUGAAUUACAUGUUUUUAGGGCGUUUUAGAUGUUUAGUUUCAUAGCAGAUCGGAUACUCCCGGUAGCAGCCGAUAGCCGUUCCGUACAGGAGCCGUCGUGCCGUUUGUGUGCCGUUACCCGGGUCAAUAUCUAGUCUCUCCUUGAAGCCACGCAUUCAGAAGUUAGGAACUGUUAGGGUCAGUUCCAGCCCCUAAUUAAGGAGAGAAAAACCUGUUUUAAAUGUAGCUUUAAUGGAAUCUUUCUCUGUUUGUUGUGAUACUUCAAACAAUUUAUGUCUUUUCUGUUUGAUUAAACAGACAGUGUCGGUUUUUUUUUUUUUUUACUAAAUCAGAAGCAUUUCCUCCCUGUUAGCAUGAACAGUUACAUCUUUGCAAAUUCUUUUAUUUAAAUGUGUGCUUCUCAAUCAGUCUCUCUUUCUGUUAAGACUAACAUGCAAAUAACAUUUAUACUUAGAUUGUUCUACCACUACUACCGGUUCAUACAUCCUGUCCUGCCCCUUCCCUCCCUCCCCGCCGCCCCCGCCACUGUUUCUGCUGUUCAUAAGGUCUGAAGCUCUUGGGUUUACUUGCAGUAGCAUCAGUUUCCCUGCAAGCUCAGAGGUCAGAUAAAACAGUUACACAUAAACUGGAAUCUUUUGCUUCAGUCUAUAUUUGUAUCAGCUCAGUAGAUAGGACCAUUCAUAAAUAUAUCAUCCUGGCAUUACACAAAUAAAACAAUUCUUCCCCUCAGUUUUCCACAAGAUGGCGUUGUCAGACUCGAUCACUACUUGUCUUUCUCCACCUGUGCAUUAUGUGAUUUGCAAACUUGGAUUUGAGAAGACAGACACCUAUGAUAUUAAUAAUAUAUUAUCGGAAAGUGGAGAAGUAUGUUGGCCAGCUGUUACAGAGCAUGUGUGUUACCUUAAAUCAGAUCAAAGUGUGGAUUAUAUCGAAAGUAUACGAUCAUUAGGACCUGUAUGUGAAUCUGUUAAUUUACACUUUAAAUCUCUGACCAAGGAGCAAUUUGUAAUUCAGUAUGCAUUAUGGUUCCGCUGGACAAACUGCACAGAGUUAUUUCUUGAAGUAUUUGAUGUUCUGCAAUAUACACAAACUACAGAAGUUGCUCUUGGCUUAAUGAAACUAACAUCAUGCUUGGAGCGAGCCUUGGGAGAUGUCUAUUUACUGAUUGGUAAAGAUUGCCCUUUCCUUCUAAGAGACUUGCUUGCUUCUGAGCAGCUUGCAGUUGUCUUUGGACAAGCUGUAAUGAAUGUACUGAGGGUGUUCAUUGGAUCUCCAUAUGGUCUGAAUCUUCGUAAUGUUUUGUGGCAUGGUUUUGCAUCCCCACAAGAAAUCCCUGCAAAAUAUUGUGCUAUGCUGCUUUUUUUAACUGCAGGAUUGGGUCAGUUGUUACAGACGUAUCUUCUGCAAACUAAAUGCAUUUUAGUACAUCGACCAUAUGUGAUUUUCGUUAGCUUAGAGGAGCUUGAUGUAUUUCCAGAUCUCAAUCACGAAAUACUUUCCAUAGCUGAAGAGCUAGUAAAACUGUCCAGUUUUGUUUUAAAAGCAAUGUUACCAUUUUGGAUGGCUGCUUUAACAGCUUUCAAGCAAAGCAGGUAUGCUGACUGUGUGAUUCUCUUACUUCCUCAGCUGGAAGUUGGACUGAGGUUGCUCUUCACUACCACUAAUAAGUGUCCAAAUCGUUUGCUAACAGCUGAGCCUUCUGCUCUCUACACCACUUUCGAUGAGAUGCUAGCAAAGCAUUUGGAUAAUGAAGAAGUAAACCAGCUCCCUGCAGUUCUUGAGGAACCUACCAUGGAAUUUCUUUGGGAUUUCUUGAACCACCAGGAGGGUCCACGUAUAAGAGAUCGUUUAAGCCAUGGAGAGAUCAAUCUAGAAGCAUUUCCCAGAGAAGUAGCUAAUCAGAUAGUUGCAUUUGCAAUUACUCUUCUCUGCAGAUUCUCAGAUAAGGAUGUGUUUGCUUUUAAGGAACACGUGGCCAUAAAACCACUGAUGAACUGUGCAAGUUGCUACCGUUCUCGAUUUCAUCCAAUUUCGCGACUCAAGAAACAGGUGCUGGAAUGUAUGAAGAGCAUUCACUUAUGGCCUGAGUUGCCAACAGUGCCCGAGGAACAUGUUCAAACAAUUAAAGGGUUGGAAGGAAAUGCUGAAGCUAGUCCUUUAAUUUUGAUGAUAUCUGAAAUUAUAUCUCAGUUGCAGCAAUACAUGCCACAGAAUUGCUAUAGUUCAGAUGAUCCUAUCAAUAGUGUCCUAACAGAGAGGCUAUUGAUGGCACUUUGUGAUACGCGUAUUGGCACGCUUUAUUCUCCGAGACCUGUUCUGGAAAUAUUGGUGGUGCUCCGUAAAAUAAGCACACAGUGCCAUCACGUGUCUGAGCAGGUUAUUGCCAGCACCGAGCUGAGGUACAAACAGUGGAUGAACAAGACCCUGCGUUCUCGCCAGAGGCAUAACUAUCUACGGAUGUUGAACAGCAUUAAAUUUUUGUCUCCAGUGUUGCGGCUCAUCUUAGUGUUGAUUACUGUGGAAUUAAUUAAUAUUCAUUUGGUUUGUAAGAAGAAUCCUUGUGAUUAUCAGCAGUAUCUAAAGUUUUUGAAGUCAGUCUUGCAGUAUACUGAGAACUUGGUGACAUACACAAGCCCUGAGAAAAACAAGUGGGAUGAAACCAUGGAGCUUACAAACAAGGCUUUGAUAAAAAUAAGGAAAAUCAGUGACAGAAAGCUAAUGUUAAUGCAGCUAGCUACAUAAAUUAAAUAGGUUUAAGAUUGUUGGACAUUGUUAUAUCUUAAGAAUUCUGGAAUCCUCAAAUUUCACAAGUCUAAUUCAAAGACAAACUUCAUCAGUCAUUGUCAAAUUUUGGAUGCAAAAUGUAGUCUUUUUAUUAUGAGGUAGUGUUUGAGACUGCAGUUGAUGAAUGGUCAAGCUUCGAAAGAAUGGAGUGUUUGCCAAAUCCAGUGAAAAUGAAUUAUUUUGAGCUAUAUCAGGAUGAUGCAAGUUCUACUUUAAGUAAAUUAUGUGUUUUGUAACUUGAUUUUUUUAUUUCUAUUAUACUGAAAAUAUCGAAGAAAAGACUGUGAAUAAAAGCUCUGGAAAAUUUUAAA